AAAAAAAAGAGUCUAUGAAUGAAGUUGUGUUGUUGGACGCACGUGAACGAGCGACAGGAAAUUCUUUGGAGAAGACAUCACGGAUCUUUUCACCGUUUCUCAUUUUUUAGAAGUGUUAACAAUGUUACGGAGGCAAGCUCGUCAGAGAAGGGAGUAUUUAUACCGAAAGUCUCAGGAAGAGCAAGAACGCAUCAUCAGAGACAGAAAGAGAAAGCUGAAAGAGGCUCUCGAUGAAAACAAGAAGAUUCCAACAGAGUUACAGAAGGAUGCGCUUGCUCUUCAGAAGUCCUUGGCUUUUGAUGAUGAAGGAGGAGAAGAACUGAAUCACAUUGAUGAUGAAUAUAGAUGGGCUGGUGUAGAAGAUCCCAAGAUCAUGCUCACAACAUCCAGAGAUCCAAGCUCAAAACUGAAACAAUUCGCCAAGGAGUUGAAGCUGAUCUUACCCAAUGCUCAGAGAUUAAACAGAGGAAACUAUGAAAUCAGUCAGCUGGUACAGGCUUGUAGAGCGAAUGAUGUCACUGAUCUUAUCAUGGUCCAUGAACACAGAGGAGUACCAGAUGCAUUACAGAUUUGCCAUCUGCCUUACGGACCUACAGCAUUCUUCACUCUCUUCAAUCCAGUACUAAGGCAUGACAUCCCCAAGAUAGGUACCAUGUCAGAAGCCUACCCUCAUCUCAUCUUCAACAACUUCAAGUCAAAGCUGGGUGAAAGAGUGAUGAGCAUACUGAAGUAUUUAUUUCCUGUACCCAAGGAAGACAGUAAGAGAGUCAUCACAUUUGCAAAUGAUGAUGAUAGUAUCUCAUUCAGACACCAUACGUACAAGAAGGUAGACCACAAGAAUGUAGACCUGAUCGAAGUGGGCCCAAGGUUUGAGAUGAAACUGUAUGAGAUCCGCUUGGGUACGAUAGACCAAUCCAACACUGCAGAGGUAGAAUGGGUAUCCAGGCCGUACAUGAACACCGCAAAGAAGCGCAAGCAUCUAACCAACGAUUGAUGAGAUGUAAACCUGUUCGUCAUUAAUAUUCUUCCAUGGUGUAUAAGAAAAGACUGUACCGGAGUCAAAAGAUGUCUACCGUUAGUCUCAAUAAAAUUCCUGACCAAACAACAUCAGAGCAACAUUAUUAUUGUUCACUGCAUGUCGGAAGUGGUGAUAACUGAUAUUAAUUAACCCUUUGGGAAAUUGACAUAAAAACAACAAUAUGUGCACUUGGAGUAUUGACCUGGGACCUCAUUGGAUAACAGCAAGGCCUUUACUUGCAGGACUUAGUUGUGCUCUCCAUUUUUGUCACUAUUAUAUUUGGUAUAUUUUCUAUUUAAUAGCAGUGUAUUCUAAGGGUACAUGUUGAGUUUUUCAGACCUCUUUUAGAUAACAGAAAUAGCUUGAAACCUAAAUGACCAUAGCUAUUUAUAUAUUGUUGUUGUCCUCACUGAUAUUAUGAAUGUCCAUCAUCAUGUAAUAAAGCUGUCAAAAACCAAAAUAUCAUAAUUGGCUUAUCACAGACAAAAAUAACAAAGUAAGACACUUUUUUGUUUGUUAUAUACACUGAUGUAUCUUUAUUAUGGAAUAUAAUCUUUGGAAGAUAAUAUAAAAUGUCAAGUGUUGGUAAGCAUAGAUCAGAUGGAUGGCACGUUCAAGAUAGGUUAUAAAACCUAUGGACGGAUACAAUAUUCAUUGAGAGAGGCUUUUCUCCCCAUACUUUACCCUUAUCUUAGACCUUUAACCCCUCACCCAAUCAAGAUGCUAAUAGUAACUGAGAUGUAGAAAAAUAUGUAUAAAACAGAUGUGAAAUACAUGUAUGUGGAAGUUAGAUUGUUACUUUCUCUUAAAAUCCCAAAACUAAUACAUAUUUCAACAUUUGUUUCUAAUUAAAAAAAAGUUAAAUCAUCAAGGUUAUCAAAGCUUUGUACUGAAUCAUUGUUUAACCACCUCCAACUUGAGUACAUGCACAUAUCUAUGUUAGUAACUCAGGACCAGGUUGUGGCAGCCAUGUUAUUUAUAGAUUGCCCAUGCAAACUCUGAGCUUAUUUUGAUAAUUCCUGUAAAACAAAAAUACCUAACUUAUAUACCCCAUUGUAAUAACACAGGCAUACAUGUAAAAAUAAAUCCAUGUGCUUUUUAAGUAUAUGAUAUCUUUGCGAUACCCAAUGAA